ACGGCCCGACCCUGACCUCGCACAUUGCGGGGGGGUGGGCUCUGGAGCUGGUUCACCACUGGGGGGCGCUCUGGCGACGGCGCGAGGAUACGGGAAACGUCUGGUGGCCGGCGGUUGGCGCUCGAGCGGGAAAAAUGUGGCUCCGGAUUUGGUUGAUGUUGUCCUGGGUCUGGCCCGUUUAUUCACAAUUGCACGCUACUGCUGUGACUGUGGAAUAUAUUAUUGCCGGCCGUUAUUCCUCAGUUUUACUGAAAGGAUUCAAAGAAACCAGACUUCCAAAAGGAACAGUGAACAAAUGGUCACUUGUCUUACGACAUCGGCAUACCUUGAUAGUGAUUCAUACCGUUGGCUCAAGUCAUAUUCGUUACAGUGAUUAUUACAUUAAUCGGAUAAAUUAUCACAAAGAGAAUGGGUCUCUCGUACUGAACAAUGUAGAUCUGGAUGACCGUGGCGUUUAUGAGAACAGUGUAACAACAUAUGAAAAAACUGUGCAGAAGUCUUAUUAUAAAAAAAUUCUGGACGUUUUAGAUAUUUUGGCAGCACCAUUGAUAUUACAGCACCCUGUGACUGCAGUGAAAGUUGCUCAACUCAUUUGUGUUUCAAAUAGUUGGAAUACAGAUUCAAUUUUGUGGUUUAAAGGAAGCAAACCACUUGAAAAUAAUGAGAUUUACUCAAUGUCCAGUAACAACAGAACAUUAACAAUCAAAACUGAUCAAGUUCAAAACUGUGAAUUGUACACCUGUGUGAUCAAAAACAAGAUCAGCGAGAGCAUGAACACUCGUAUGCUCUCUAUCAACGGAUUGGUGCUACUCAAUCAGUACUCUUUUAUCUCAGCCAUAAUUGCUCUGGUGAGCACAACAACAACUUUUGCUGCAUCCGUCUUCAUUAUCUUUUUUGCUCUGGGGACAUACAGAGUGCACAAGCGGCAUGUACAGCUGACGGCUUUCUUUGUAUUCUUCCAGCUACUCAGCUUCAUCACUUUGUUGUUUGCAUCACUCUUCUGUAUUUUCGAUCCAGAGUUUCCCAUCGCGUACAGGAUUAUCGAAAGCUUUGGAUUUUUAAUGGUGGUAGCAAUGGUCGUUUAUAUUCUCGUGGUUUACUUGCAUCCUGAAACAAAACUCCAAAGAUCGUUUUUGAUUAAGAGGAAACAUCGUUAUGUUUUCCUGGCGUAUGGAAUCCUGUCAAUGUUCAUUGCAGCUACACCAAUUUACAGAGCACAUUACAACAUUAAAAUCUGCCAAUUUCCCGUCAUAGAGACUUCAGGAACUGCUGUCUCUGCUGCCAUGGCCUAUAUUUUCAUUUCAUGGUUGAUAUUUAUCAUGUUUAUCAAGCAUAGUAAGUGCUCAUUUUGAUGCUUUAUCAACACUGUGAGUCUGUGGAAUUCUCUGCCUCAGAAGGCAGUGGAGGCCAAUUCUCUGGAUGCUUUAAAGAGAGAGUUAGAUAGAGCUCUUAAAGAUAGCGGAGUCAGGGGAUAUGGGGAGAAGGCAGGAAUGGGGUACUGAUUGUGGAUGAUCAACCAUGAUCACGGUGAAUGGUGGUACUGGCUCGACGGACCGAAUGGCCUACUUCUGCAUCUAUUGUCUGUGGUUGAGAAACUAUCAUUAUAUUUACUGCAUAUCUUGCGUGAGUGAGGUACCUGGACAUGAGGAUAGCUAACAUUGUCCUCUUGUUCAAAUCAGGCAGCAGAGAUAAGCCAAGAAACCACUGAAGUCCGUGGUGGGGAAGUUCAUGUUACAGGAGUAGAAUUAGGCCAUUCGGCCCAUCGAGUCUACGUCACCAUUCAAUCAUGGCUGAUCUCUGCCUCCUAAUCCCAUUUUCCUGCCAUCUCCCCAAAACCCUUGACACCCGUUCUAAUCAAGAAUUUGUCUAUCUCUGCCUUAAAAAUAUCCACUGGUGGCCAUCACAGCCCUCUGUGGCAAUGAGUUCCACAGAUUAACUACCCUCUGACUAAAGAAUUUCCUCCUCACCGUCUAUCUAAAAGAACGCCCUUUAAUUCUGAGGCUAUGACCUCUGGGCCUAGACUUUCCCACCAGUGGAAACAUCCUUAUUGAAGGAGCAUGGAUAGCACCUCAAGAUAUUCGAGAAGAACCUGAGGGACAAGAUUUAUGUCCACUUGGAAAAUGAGGGACUGAUUAGGAGUCAGCAUAGAUUUGUGUAAGGGAGAUCUAAUCUCACAAAUGAGUUUUUGCGGAGGUACCUAGGAAAAGCGAUGAAACUAGAAUGGUAGCUGUGGUUAAAAUGAUCUUCAGUAAGAGUUUUACAAGGUCCCAAUGGGUAGGCUGGGCCAGAAGGAAAACAAACUGGGUCCAAAACUGGCUUGUUGAUAGGAAGUGGUGGUUGGUGUUGGGGUGUUUUGCCCAGUGGAUAUCUGUCACUAGUGGUAUAGCAUGGGGAUUUCAAUGUGAGGUGUUGUAUAAAUUAUUAGUGAUCUGAUUAGCAAGUUUGCAACAGACAUGAAAACAGUUUGAGUCAUAGAUGGUGAGAAGAGUUUCUUGGCUACAGUGGGAUAUAGGUUGGGCAGAUUGGUGGCAGAUGGAAUUGAAUCCAUUCAAAUGUGAAGUGAAGCACUUUGGAAAGUUAAAUUCUGGUAGGACAUAUAAAAUAAAUGCCUGGGACUUACGCACUGAUUAUGAGAAUGUACAGAGGGUCUUGAGGUGUUAGUCCAUGCAUCUUCAAAGUUGAGUUGGUGAGCAGCCAUUUUGAGAAGAAAUAAGGCAUUAUGGAGACUAAACUACGUUGUGAUUGAAAAGAGGCUUAGUUUCAAGUGAAGGUAGGACAUUUGAAAAGCAGGUACACAAAAAUGCUGGAGAAACUCAGCGGGUGCAGCAGCAUCUAUGGAGCGAAGGAAA